AUGAGACAUAGGAUUUCGUAUUUGAUGGAUGAGAUCUGGGAGAGGGCUGUGGAAACGGCGUUAGAAGGCGAGAAAGACCACGCCGCUGCUCGAACGUUAACGCUUGACGGCGCCGUUAAGUGUGUGCAAGGACGUUUACCUCCUCCGAGCCUUCUAGAGAGGUUCCAGAACCUUCAACACCUUUCUAUUGCGAACGUUGGUGUUUCUUCUCUGGAGCAGUUCCCGAGGUUGCAGAGUCUUCAGAAGUUGAACCUCUCCGACAACCGGAUCGCCGGAGGACUUGAGUAUUUGGUUCAGGCGGGGCUUGAUUCGUUGCGAGACCUCGAUCUGUCGAAUAAUAGGAUUCAAUCGAUCGAGGAUCUCGCGCCGUUGGCCGAGUUGAAGCUUGUUUCGUUGGAUCUGUAUGAGUGUGCUGUUACUCGGGUUAAGGAUUAUCGAUCUAGGGUUUUUGGCUUGAUUAAGUCGCUUAAGUUCUUGGAUAAGAUGGAUGCCGAGGAGAACGAGAGGCCUGAGUCGGAUGAUGAGGAGGAGGAGGAUGAAGAGGAGGAGGAAGAGGAGGAGGAUCCUGGGAGUGGUGAGAUUGAUGGAGGAGAGGAAGAUCGGCCGUUUGGGAUGAGUAAUGGUCACAGUGAGGGUGUUGAUGGAGUUGUUGAUGCUGAUGAGGAAGAGGAGAGUGAUGCAGAUGAGGAGGUGACUGAGAGUUCGAGAGGGAGGGUGAAUGGGUUGAACCAUCAGGAGAAUGGUUUCCAUGUUGCUCCUGCUGUGGGUGAUGACGGGGAGGAGGAAGAUGAUGAUGAGGAUUCUGGGGAAGAGAUUGACGAGGAAGAGGGUGAUGAUGAUGAUGUGGUUGUGGUUCAUGAGAUCGAUGAUAGUGAUGAUGAUGAUGACGGGGUUGAGUUUGAUGAGGAUGAUGAUGAUGACGAUGAUGAUGAGGAGGUCGAUAAUGAUGAAGGGGAUUUUGCUGAACCGGAGAGUACUUCUGGACGGUUGGUGAGUACUGAAGGUGAGAUCGAUGGGCACGAGCAAGGGGAGGAAGAUGGAGAUGAAGAUGACAACGGGGAGACUGGUGAAGAUGAGAUGGGAGUAGAAGAAGAUGACGAUGACGAUGAUGAUGUAGAGUUUGAAGAUGAAGAUGAAGAAGAAGACUAUGGUGCUGGAUAUCUUGUUCAGCCAGUUGGACAGGCUGAGGCUCUCAAUGAUGAUGCUGCUGACAUUUUCGAAGUGGAAAACGAGGAUGGUGAAGAGGAGGAGGAAGUUGACGAUGAUGACGAUGAUGUUCAGGAGGUGUUGCCUCCUGCCUCUUCACACCCCAAGAGGAAGAGGGACACUGAUGGUGAAGAUGACGAGGAAGAUGAAGAUGAAGCAGCACUCACAAAGCCAUCGAAGAAGCACCAUUGA